AGUUGCCCGGGCUCCCGCAGCAAAGCGCCGCGACGGCCGCAGUCCCUCCGCGGCAGGCCGCCAUGGCGCUCCGCCGCUCCGCAGCUGCCGCCCUCGGGUUCCUGGCCGCCCGCGCCCUGGCCGGGGCGGCCUCGCCGGACGACCUGCGGCGCGCGAGGACGAAGAGGCCGCGCGACGAGUACCGCGGUGGCGACCAGGCGCACAUGAGCAGGGUCCUGAACGGGCACCUGCUGCGCUCCGAGCCGGGCGCGCGGCCGUGCGCCGAGUGGAGCCCCAGGCAGCUCCAGGCGUUCAUGGCCGUGGUCGCGGAGCACAGGGACGAGGAGCUGCAGGCAGUCUACCGCGACGGGGCCGACCGCCGCCGGCUGGAGCACGAGGGGGCCGUGGAUCGCCGCGGGCACUGGGAGCGGCUGAACGCCAUCGCGGACGCGGGCCCGCACCUGCUGGACCCCCUGCGGGAGGCACUGUGCCGCCAGGCGGUCAUGUGGUGGACGCACCACGUGACCCACGAGAAGCGCCAGGAGCUCCGCGGGGGCGGCAACCUCACCGUGCCUCUGCUGCCCGAAGGCCCCAAGAUGCCCUGCGAGGCCAGGGCCGGCGCGGACGAGGGCCACCUCUGCGCGCACGUCAACGAGGCGAACUCCUGCGACUGGUGCCACUCGUCGCAGAAGGACCACGACGCAGGGGUCCCAGGUACCUCUGUGCCAGACGCGCUCAAGAAGACGGACGGUCCUGACGACGGCAACCCGAAGGGCUGGGAUCGCUUGCGCCGUUGCGACCAGGACCAGAUGCCGCGGUGCAAGCUGUGUGAAGGGGUCGGUGGCCGCGCCUGGUCGGACAAGAACGAGGAUAUCGACCUCACGCAGUGCGAGGUGGUUGCCGAGGCCAAGGACGUGAACAUGUCCGAGGUGGCCCCGCCGCUCUACCCUAAGAGGUUCACCUCCAAGCGCAAGGACGGUAAGCAGGGGGGGUACUCGGACACGCUGAUCGGAUGGAAGACGGACCCUUUCUGCUUCGGCUUCUUUCCGCAGAACGACUCGAUCCAGCCGCUGUGUUACCGCAGCGAGGACUCGUACGUCAAGUACUACGACAUCGAAAGGGAGGCGUCCCGCAUAGAGUACACUAUCCACAACGAGGCGCUUGGCCCUUCCCCGAACACGACCGCCAUAAUCUUGCAGGUGAACGAUCGGAUGUGGAUCCAGAACCACCUGUGGUUCGUCGACCAAUGCAUCUGUGCAGACCCCUCUGGCCACCACUGCACGAACCCGCCGUGCCACACAUACAUCCACCACUGGGACACGUUCAAGACUGCUCAGUACCUCGGCCGCGAGAAGAUCAACGUGGAGUGGAUCCAGGAUCACGGCACUGGAAAGUCCGGCAAGGAGAUGACGUUGGACCAUUUCAUCUUGUGGUCGCACCAUGUCUGGACUGACCCAGUGUCCCGCCGCAUCGUCCGUGCUUGGAAGCCUUUCAACGGCCUGCAGGUCUACGACCCGGAGGCAUGGAACGAGACCAUUGACGGUGACCCCGACGUUCUUUUCGAGAACCCUCCGCCGAUGUGCAAGAAGGGCGGGGCCAAGAUCAGGAUCAAUUGCGACGACGAUGGGCACUACCACCCGAAGAAGUCCGAGGGCCUCGAGCUGUUCGAGGAGAUGCUCCUGAGUCGUCCGCAGCAGGACUUGGUCGUGUGAGCCCCGCCGCACAUGGUCCACAUGCGCAAAGGGCGGUGGCAAGGCCGCAGCCCUCGCGCCACACCAGUGAGCUUGCCACCAGCUUCCGCACUGCGAGCUUUGGCGCACUUUUUCUCCACCGGCGCUGCCCUCGCCAUUCGUCUCCGAGCCUCCCACCUCUCCCCUUCAACGUCACUUCCAAAAGCCUCCCUCCUCCCUCCUUAGGGCCUGUGCAUAUCCAUGCCGCCCACAUGGGGCCGGACCCGCGCGCUGCGCAGCGCGCGCGGGCGCGCCCUCUCGGCGCCCUCGCCGCCGCGGCAGCGCUCGCGUCGCUGCCGCGGCCUCCCCGGCCGAGUGCCGCGCGCGCGGGCGCGCGGACCGGCCACGGAUCUGCCACGGGCUUCGGCCCCGUGCUCGGGGGUUGUGAGCCCUGCUUCGACUCUUCGCUCCCAUUCUCGGGUGCUGUGAGCCCUGCUUCGACUGCGCGUAAGAGUGACCUUUCACCGGAGUGACCCUUGGGGUGCGGGCCCACGGGGGUCCCCCGAUCGCCGGACGCGAUGCGGCAGUUGCGUCCCGCGCGCUUCGUGUUCGGUCCCCCCCGCGGGCCCCAAGAAGCCGCGCACCAAAAGUCACUCUUUCCCAGGGUCACUCUUGCGUGUAGUCGACUUUGUGCUCCUGCCGACGGCGAGGGCCACGACGGAGGAGGAAAC